AUGUCAGCGCUCGAAACGAUCUGGAUAUCAGAUGCUUCACCUCUCUUCAAGUACUCUCCAGACCCGAUCAUCGCUGAUACCGCAUUGACCGCGCCUUGGAGCAUACAGCCUUCCGACUCGAAUGACACACGACAUGUAACAUCAGGACCAGCUGGGUUGAUACUCCCGUCCAUCUACUCAUCGAGCUUUGAGCCGGUAUGGUCGGGCUCAACAGACGGAUACUCCCUACACCUCGUCGUCAAUGAUUCACCGCCUCAGUCGAUCAAUCCAGGCUUAGCCGCUCAGUUCGACGCUGGAAUCAAUACCCUCAUGUUGGCUGUGAGAUGCGGCGGGAGUUGUUCGCCCAUCAACUUUUCCGGUGCCAACCUCGGUGUCAAGAUGGUUCCUGAUGGUGUGACGGGCCAGUCAAUACAAAUUGACGAUGCCGACAAAGCCAUCACGUAUACUGGUUUCGCCCCGAUCUCUUCCCCAGGGAGCAUCACCGUGACCGCAGAUGACUAUGAUCAAACGCUAAGCUCGACAGGAUCAGAAGGCGCAACUGCCAGCGUAUCCUUCAAAGGAGUGUACGGCGUGACUGGACCAUCGUUAGGCGUCUUCUCGGUAACCAUCGAUGGGAAUGACCAGGGGACCUAUUCCGCUGCAAACAGUAUCGACGCACACGGCGUCCUCUUGUUUUUCGCCGGCAACUUGGACGCAUCUCAGCACACGUUAGAACUAGAGGCAAAGAGCGGAGCCAAAAUCGGCCUCGUCAUCGAUUCGUUCGUUGCAUGGGGCCCUCAAGGCGUCGUGGGGUUCUCUCCCUCUCGCACCGACCUCCCCGACGGGAGCUCCGACGGCGUUCCUGGCGACGCUGCACAAGGAUCAGGCACCCCCAACGGAGGAGUCAUAGCGGGAGCCAUUCUCGGUUCCUUGGCGGGACUACUCCUCCUCAUAUGGAUCUUCCGCCGAGGCAUCUUCAGUAUCAAGAAGAACGACAAAAAGCUCGACCCAUGGGACGAAGCAAACAUGCUUCAAAAGCAGAAGAACGAAGCGGUCCAUGUGACUACCGUCGCCAAACAGCGAUACGUCUAUCGUAAGCAGGUCCAGGGAUGUUGA